AACCAACCAACCAACCAACCAACCCUCCCAUGCAGGUCUGGGACGCCGCAAUCAUCACAGCCGAAGAAAAAGUCGACAACGGCUUCUCCAACCAAACCAUCGACCCUUACUUCUCCAAGCUCCUCUCGCGCAUCAAGAGGGACGAUUUCUACAUCCCCAGUCAAGCAGGUAGAAUGCACCGACCCCAAUUGCCUGCGCCCUCGCCUGGUCCCGCGACGCGAAUGCGUUGACGUGCGAUUAUGUCUUCAGCCAGGUAUUCAAUGAUACUGAUCUGCUGGAGACCGGGUACGCGAGCGGUGCGGUUCCGAUUGUGCAGUCGCAGGUGAGCAAGUUUGCGCUGAGGCUAGCGACGUGGUUGAAUCGGCUUGUCGGGGUUUGGUAUAGGGAUCGAGAGGUGAUUCUGCGGACCCACCCGAGUUGGAUGUUAGGGCCGAUGAAGGGGAAAUGAGGGGGUUUCAAAGAUCGGGUUGGCGGAUGGUAGUUAGAGAGGUAAAGGGGCCGAAAUUACAUAUGUUAGAGUAGUUAACUAACUAGUAAAGAUAGAGAGAGCUGUUCUACUAGGCUAACCGUUUAAAAGAAUGAAAGUUUCGCAA